AAGCCGCAAGCAUUCUGCGUCUUCGUUUUAGAAAAGUCGCAAGUGCCUGCGUCAGUGCCGAGCGACUCACGACGCGAAUGCGAAUCAUCCUUAAGUGAGACGGAACUGAGCCGAGACGACCAUCGAACACAGCUAAUAUGAACAACAUCGUCAGGAUGGCUCAAAAAAAAUUAAAACCAAAUGCAGUACCAACUUUGUUUGGUGAUGUUUUGAUAGAUUAUUUGAGUAAAAUCCACCAAAAUAAAAGUAACUACAUGAUACCAUUGCUUGAUGUAAUUAUAGAUGAAUAUACCACUGACAACAAAAACAGUUUAUUCAAGUUACCAAAGUCUAAUAAUACCAAAUCUUUACCAAGCGAUGAGCAGCAGAUUGAAUUGCCACUAGUAAACUUAGAUGAGGAUCAUUUAGUAUCAAUUUUUACUCAUAAUAUUUAUCCUGAUACUUUCAACAGUUUUUUAUCAAUUCUUGCUGAUGAAUUACAAGCAGAAAUAAUGAAAAAAUAUAAUAAAGGAGUUAUUAAAUUUAAUUUCAUGCUUCAAAAUCAACAUCGUCUUUAUCACCAUGAAAUUUAGAGUUUAAACUAGGAAGUAGAAAGCUUAAAGAAAAUAAAUAUUAGUUUAGACUGUGAAUUACGAGUUGAAUGAGAAAAAAGGAUACAGUCAGAAAGACAACGAGAAAAAAUUAAAAACAAGUUUAACAAGUUUCUUAAUGUAUUCGAAAAAUUGUCCAUUUUUAAAAAACCUUUUGAGUUAUUUUAUUUACUUAUUCAUAGUAUGCGACAGGCAAAAGCCUACUGAAGCCAAAAAAAUAUAUUUUGUUGUCAGAUAAAAAAUUGUAUUCGAUUAUUUUAUUUUUAUAUUAAAAAAGAAAAAAUUAUAUUUUUCGAGUAACUUUUGUUUCACUUUUUUACAACUAUUUAUAUUAAACUGUCUGCUAACUUUGUCAAUUUUUCAGAAUAUUUAAUUAAUUAUUAAUUGAAAAAAAUUAAGUGUUAACUUCUUGUUAUAUACUGUUUCUGUUAUAGACCAGAUGUAAGCUAUAAAGAUGGUUUAAAUAAUGCGCGCCUAAAAGUCGGCCAUGUUUGG